CGUGGUUGAAGCGGCCAGUUGUGUGACAGGAGCGGUCGCGUUAACAUCGUCGCUUGUAUAAGUUUUAGCCGUUGUAACUUGUACUUUACGUUUUGGCUUGGUUUUAUAUUCGCUAAUCAUGACGACAGAAACUGAAACUAAACCUGCUGAGCAGACCGAGGAGAAGAAGGAAGAAGUGAAAGAGGAAGUAAAGAAAGAAGAGGCAGAAAACACCGAAGAAAAGGCUGACGACAAAGCUGAAAAGGCUGAUAAAGAGAAGAAAGAAGACGAGAAAAAGGACGCCAAACCGAAGAAAGAGGCACCUCCGCCUAAGCCAGCUGUUCACAAGCAAGAUUUCGAGAAGGAUGUGGUUUAUUUAUAUCAAUUUACCAGGACACCGGUUCUGCCUUCACUCUCGCCUUAUUGUUUAAAGGUUGAGACUUGGCUAAGACUGGCCGGUAUUAAAUAUGAGAAUGUAGACCAUAAGAUGAAGUACAAGAGCAAGAAGGGCCAACUUCCUUUCGUCGAAGUCAACGGAGAAGAAAUCGCAGAUUCCGCUAUUAUUAUUAAGGAGUUGGGUUCCCGGUACAACCAAGAUCUGGAUUCAGGUCUUACUCCCGAACAGCGCAAUGUAGCUCACGCUACCAUUUCAAUGAUAGAAAAUCACUUUGCUUGGGUGGUUAAGUCCUGGCGCACAAAGAACCCCGCUGGCAUGCUGGGCGCCUACAAGAUGGACUUGCAGCAGAUAACUGAAAAGAAGUGGCCAAAGCCAGUCCUUGAAUUCAUCUUCAAGCUAAAGUUCCGGAGGGCUGCCAAGAAGGUCCGUGCUCAUGGUAUUGGUGUUCACAAGCCUGAAGAAAUAGAAGAAUUUGGCCACAAUGACCUGAUGGUUCUUUCAGACCUCUUAGGUGAUAAACCUUUCUUCUUUGGAGAUGCUCCCACGACGUUGGAUGUGGUUGCAUUUGCUAACCUCGCUCAAGUUGCGUUCAUGGACAAAGAAGUUAGUUAUUCACUGCGUGAUUGGAUGAGUGAAAACUGCAACAACCUUGUUGAGUUCUGCAACAGGGUGAAAGAGCGUGCUUUCCCAGAUUGGGAUGAAAUGUGCUCCAAUCUUGACUUGAAUUCUCAUCUACCAAAACCACCACCCAAGGAGGAAGAACCUGCUGAAGAAAAAGAGGAAAAAACUGAGAAGACUGAAAAGACUGAGGAAGACAAGAAGGAUGAAAAAGAAAAGGAUGAUUCUGAAAAAGAGAAGGCUCAAAAGGAUGAGAAGGAAGGAGAAAAAGAAAACAAGAAAGACAACAAGACAGAAGAAAAAGAAAAAGAAGAAGAGAAAAAGUAGAGAUAUUAAACUUAAGUACGUUGUUGAAUGCGCAGUCGAACCAAAUCUAUUUGUAAUAUAUGUGAUAAAUGUUGUUUGAAAGCUUUUUUGCUUGAUACACUUUGUAUAGAUCUUGUUAGCGUGGAACACAGCACCUCCCUGUGCCGACAUAGUCGUUAACAUUUCGAUGGCCACUAUCAGAAAGGAGCUCGUUCUUACCUUCAUGUAUGGGAGAGUUCAAACAGUAAAGGACAUAAGACUAAAUGGAAGGGUGUGUCAUUUGCAGUUGUUCAGUUGAAUUGAGCAGCAAUUAAUAAAAAUUAGCUUUACUGAGACCACCUUUACCUUGCUGUUUGAACUGUUACCAGCCACUCAUUUGUAGAUUUUUUUGGUCUCAGCAGAUGUUUUAGUAGUUUUAACCAAACUGCUCAUUUUCUUAUAUGAACAUGACCAGAUUUAUAUACAGAACUGUAUAAACCUUAGAUAUUGCCAGACAAGUUGAAGGUUUGAACUGGUAGUCAAAUUUUCUGUGUGGCAUGAAGAUAGCUUUUAGGAUUAUUCUGAGUUGAAUGAGUUUUAAUAACAGUAUUAUCAUGGGAAAUGAGUUAGCUAUACCUGUAAUGUUCCAUGACAAUGAAAUUUUUAUUUCUUCUUUUUUAAACACUUAUUGUACUAUUAGUUUGUACAUUCCUAGAUUUUAAUAAGGCAUCUAGAACAUUUUGAUAGUUUUUACACAGGAAGUUAUUUUGUAAUAAUGAAAAUACUCAAUCUAUAGGUUCUCUUUGAUACCAGAGGGAAGACAGACUCCCACCGCUUUUUGUGAUAGGAUGCUCAUGGCCAAGUCCAUAACCUAUCUGAGGUUUUUGACCUGAAACACCACCUGGCUUGGAACUGUUAUUGGAAAUAGUCAUCUCUUCUACCCUGUACAAGCAUUGAUGAAACUGAAUUGUAGGGCUGAAAAUCAUUUUGAAAAUAGGUCUGAAGUAGAAGUAGAAAACAUGUUACCGAAGUCAGGAAGACCAAGCACAACUGUGAAUUGGGUCAGAGUAACCUUUUGAGGUGUCCACGACUCGAGAAAUUCAUUCAUACAAGGACCUCAUGUAGACUAUGCUUGGCAGUUUGUAAGACCCCAAGACAUAUACGACACCAAAAUUAUAGAGGACCUGGUGCCGUAUAAUCAAAAUUCCAAGUAAGGCACAAGGACUUUUGAAAGAAAGUUUUGGAAGUGCUGAUAGUGAAUUAUAUGGUCUUUGUAAAGAAGAAUUUUAUACAAAAAAAAGGAGCUUGCACAGUAUUUUCGGUCUUAAUGUGCUGUGAUACCAAAACAAACCAGUUUUGUAAGAAGUGCUAAAUAGAAGUAAGCCAUUAAUACAAUGAACUUUGUAGCCUUGCGCAUAGUCCAAAUUGUAAAAAUAAAAAUUGCUCUUAAUUGCUAGUGAUGGCUAGAGGAAUCCUGGAAGUCUUGCUCUAGACCCUUGAGUGUAUGAGAUAAUGUUUGUACCCUAGCUUUUUGUACACUUGGGACCCUAAAGCUUAAAGCAUUGGUGUUGUAGACAUAUUUGGCAUUUCUUAUUAUAGGCACAUACACCACAGUUAUGUAUACAAACGUAUUUAUGUUCCUCAAUAUAUGUAACCUUUUAGGAAGAA